UUUCCCCCCGAAUUCCCCCAUGGAAUCCCAGUGUGAUUACUCCAUGUACUUCCCUGCCGUUCCCUUCCCGCCGCGGGAAUUCCUAGCGGGAGAAUCCUCGGGAUAUCGAUCCCUUCCCCGGCGCAAUCACCUUUACCUGGGCGAGACCGUGCGCUUCCUGCUGGUCCUGCGGAAAAACCCCGGGAGCGCCGACCCGAAAUCCGGGAACGCCGACCCGAAAUCCGGGAACGUUGACCCAAAAUCUGGGAACGUUGACCCGAAAUCCGGGAAUGUCGACCCGAAAUCUGGGAACGCCGACCCGAAAUCCGGGAAUGUCGACCCGAAAUCCGGGAAUGUUGACCCAAAAUCUGGGAACGUUGACCCGAAAUCCGGGAAUGUCGACCCGAAAUCUGGGAACGCCGACCCGAAAUCUGGGAAUGUCGACCCAAAAACUGGGAACGUCAACCCGAAAUCUGGGAAUGUCGACCCAAAAACCGGGAACGUCAACCCGAAAUCUGGGAACGUUGACCCGAAAUCCGGGAACGUCAACCCGAAAUCUGGGAACGUUGACCCGAAAUCCGGGAAUGUCGACCCGAAAUCUGGAAACUUCGACCUGAAAUCUGGAAACUUCGACCCAAAAUCCGGGAAUUUUGACCCAAAAUCCGGGAAUGUCGACCCAAAAUCUGGAAACUUUGACCCAAAAUCCGCGAACGUCGACCUAAAAUCCGGGAAUGUUGACCCAAAAACCGGGAACGUCGACCCGAAAACCGGGAACUCUGACCCAAAAUCCGGGAAUGUUGACCCAAAAUCCAGAAAUGCUGACCCAAAAACCGGGAACGCCGACCCAAAAACUGGGAACGCCGACCCAAAAUCCGGGAAUGUUGACCCAAAAUCUGGAAACGCCGACCCAAAAUCCGGGAAUGUUGACCCAAAAUCCGGGAAUUUCGACCCAAAAUCUGGGAAUGUUGACCCAAAAUCUGGAAACUUCGACCCAAAAUCCGGGAAUGUUGACCCAAAAUCCUGUAACUCCGACCCAAAAUCUGGGAAUGCCAACCCGAAAUCCGGGAACGUCGACCCAAAAUCCGGGAACGUCGACCCGAAAUCCCCCUGGAUCCAGCUGGCCUCGUCCCUGUCUGCCCUGGCCACCGUCACCAGCGGAGACGACGCCGCCAAAAGCCGGGAUGAGCAGGAAAAUUCCGGGAAUUUCGGGAACGAUCCGGAAGAUUCCGAAGAGCCGCCGUUGUUCCGGGAGUGCCGAGCGUUGCUGACGCAUUCCCGGGGUCCUCCGGGAUCUGCCGGGCUCCCUGUGGAUGAUCCCAUUGUCUCACAGGACGAGGUCAUUUUCCCUCUCACCGUGGCCCUGGACCGGCUCCCGCCCGGCACCGCCAAGGCCAAGAUCGUGGUGACAGUGUGGCAGAGGGACACGGAGCCACCGGAGCUGCAGGAGGGGACAGGGACAGGACAGGUGACAAUGACAGGGACAGGGACAGGGGGGUACCUGAGGCUGCUCCAGGGCCGCGCCCCCGGCCAGGUGUUCCGGCAGCAGCACGGAGCCUUCAAGGCACAAGUGUCCACCCUGCUGACGGUGCUGCCACCCCCCCGUGUCCGGUGCCGCCAGGUGACCGUGUCCGGCAAAUACCUGACCGUGCUCAAAGUGCUCAAUGGCAGUUCCCAGGAGGAGCUCUCCCUGUGGGACGUUCAGAUCCUCCCCAAUUUCAACGCCAGUUACCUGCCCGUGAUGCCCGACGGCUCCGUGCUGCUGGUGGACGACGUCUGCCACCACUCCGGCGAGGUCCCCGUGGGCGCCUUCUGCCGUGUCCCCGGGUGCCACUCGGGGUGGCCUUGUCCCCUGAGCGCCCUGGAGGAGCAGAACUUCCUGUUCCAGCUGCAGGCACCUGAGCGGCCACCCCGCGACGCCAAGGAGGGCCUGGAGGUGCCACUGGUGGCCGUGGUGCGGUGGUCGACGCCGAAGCUGCCGUUCACCAACAGCAUCGUCACCCACUACAGGUUGCCCAGCAUCCGGCUGGAGCGGCCGCGUUUUGUCAUGACGGCCACCUGCGAGUCACCGGUGGUGGCCCUGCAGCGUUUCACUGUCACCUACACCCUGCUCAACGACCUGCAGGAUUUCCUGGCCGUGAGACUCGUCUGGACACCCGAGGCCACCGCUGGGAAGGGGCGGGGCGCUCUGGACUGGGUGGUGUGCCACACCCCCCUGACCAACCUGGGCUCCUCCCGCAAGGGCAGCGCCAGAACCUUCCGGGUGGCCUUCCAGGCACUGCGGGCCGGGCUCUUCGAGUUGUCCCAGCACAUGAAGCUGAAGCUCCAGUUCACGGCCAGUGUCACCAGUGCCCCCCCCGAGGCACGCCCAGUUUCCCGGAAGAGCAGUCCCAGUUCCCCGGCCGUGCGUGAACUGGUGGCCGGACUGGGACGCUCCCAGUCCUUCUCCCACCAGCAGCCGGCCCGGAGCCACCUGAUGAGGUCCGGCAGCGUGAUGGAGCGCCGUGCCAUCACCCCCCCCGUGGGGUCCCCCGUGGGACGUCCCCUGUACCUGCCCGCAGGUGACAAAGCCGUGCUGGCCCUGGACAAGAUCGCCAAGAGGGAGUGCAAGGUGCUGGUGGUGCCACCUGUCAAGUGACAGCUUGGGGACAUCGCCGGGGUGGCACUGGGGACAGCACUGGGGGGACACUGGGGACAGCACUGGGGGGACACUGGGGACACUGGGGACAGCGUGGGGACAUUGCCAAGGUGGCACUGGGACAGUGGGGACAGCUUGGGGACAGCACUGGGGACAGUGGGACCAGCACUGGGGGGACACUGGGGACACUGGGGACAGCACUGGGGUGGCACUGGGGUGGCACUGGGGACACUGGGGACAGCACUGGGGACAGCACUGGGGUGACACUGGGGACAGGGGGACAGUGGGGACAGGGCCACCCCCAGUGUCCCCAGAGCCACUUCCAGGACAUUGGGGACAGGGACCAAGGGGACAGAGCCACCCCCCAGAGCCUUGGGGACAAUGGGGACAAUGGGGACAGUGCCAUCGCCAAAGUGUCCCCAAAACCAGGUGACAGUGGGGGGAGGGGUCGCUACCACUGCCACGUGCCAUUGGGGGGGAGGGACCUUGGGGACACUUUGGGGACACCUUGGGGACACGGCCUGGAGCCGUGCCCGUGUUUGGGGGUCGGGAUUUUGGGGACAUUUGGGGACAUCGGGGAAGUGUCCCCGAGCCAAAGUUGGGGGGAGGGGAGGG